GUCAUCACUGUGCGAUUUUUCUACUGUCUCUUUUCCAGAGAGCUAGUCAGAAGUAAACACAUGAUUUAGCCUUUACUAUUGAAUUAAAUUAUUGGAAUACUUUUUUUUUCAUUCGAAAACCAACAAUACCUCAAUAUACACUCUCUUUUUUUCUGCUCAAUCCUUUAUCGGCGUCACGGAUGUACGUCUCUCUGUCAAGCGUUUCAUCUUGUUAGCAAGGUGAUGAACUGUUUAGGCAGCAAACAGGCGUGCAUACCUGUGAAGUUAACUCUUGAACUAUCUUGAAGCUAACUGGUUAUCAACAGAAUUCGGCCAAAGAUAAUUCAUGCUAAGGGCACCUCACGUGUACUUACGAAAAGGAAAGGGAGCCGUUGCACUGCUGUGGGCGGUAUGAGUUAUGGUCAUGGUGGCAGAAGAGGCCGAAGAGGAGGUCGCAGGUUUGGCGAUGGGAGUGAUGAAAGAUGGGAGCGAGGAGCAGGGCAAAGUAGCGGAGGUUAUCAGAGGAACUCCGGCUGGGAAUCACGGGAGGAUCAGGGCCGUGGAGGCGGUGGCCCACGGGGUAAACACCCGCCACAUCUGAAAGGCAGAGAGAUUGGCUUAUGGUACGCCAAAUCCGGUGGUGUCAAAAGAUCCGAACAGGAGAGGAAAUCAAGGGCCGUGGUUCAGAUGGAUCAGUCAAGAGAGCAACACAUCACUGAACUACUAAACUCAGUUCAACGAGUGCCACCCGGAGCUGGCAUGAAAACGGACGCCUCCACAUCACAGUGCUGGAGAUCUAAGCCAGAGGAGAGCAGCCACAGUUACUUUGAUGGGGAUGAACCUCCGGAGGAAGUACCUAAGAUAAAAACCGAAAUUAAAGAAGAAAAGCAAGAAACUGAAAUGAUCAGCGCCAAAGACCUUGAAUACCUGUUUCAGGACAUUAUACGCAAACCAACCCUUGACCAAGAGCUCAAGAAAGACUUGCAGCUAAAAAGGGCUGACUCUAAGUAUUUGGAUAUGUUGAAAUUCAGGGAAAAACUUCCAUCAUAUGGAAUGAGAGAGGAGCUGGUCCAGCUAAUCCAGGCCAACCAGGUUGUGGUGGUGAGCGGUGAGACUGGAUGUGGGAAGACCACUCAGGUCACACAGUUCAUCCUGGACAGUUACAUCGAGAGAGACAUGGGGUCCCUCUGCAGGGUGGUGUGCACCCAGCCACGCCGCAUCAGUGCUAUCUCGGUUGCAGAGAGAGUGUCUUCAGAGCGUGCUGAGAGUGUGGGCAAUGGAAACUCUUGUGGAUACCAGAUUCGACUUCAGAGCCGGUUACCACGGAAACAAGGCUCUGUUUUGUAUUGUACGACGGGCAUUAUUCUUCAGUGGCUCCGCUCCGAUCAACACCUGUCCAGCAUUAGCCACCUGGUUCUGGAUGAGAUCCAUGAGCGGAACCUACAAUCUGAUGUUCUUCUCACUAUUGUGAAGGACCUGCUGUCGGUCCGAGAUGACCUGAAGGUGGUUCUCAUGAGCGCUACACUCAAUGCAGAAAAAUUCAGCAAGUACUUUGGUAACUGCCCAAUGGUUCAUAUUCCUGGCUUCACAUACCCAGUCCAGGAGUACCUGCUGGAGGACGUGCUGGAGAUGCUCAGAUACCAGCCUCAGAAAAAGGAGCGCAGGCCCAGGUGGAAGCGGGGCUUCAUGCAGGGCCAAGUGUCCCGCCCAGAGAAGGAGCAGAAGGAGGCCGAGUACCGGGAGAGCUGGCCCUGCUACGCACGCACCCUCAGGGAUAAGUUCUCAGACAGCACCAUUGACGUGAUGGAGAUGAUGGAUGACGAUGACAAAAUCGACCUGGAAUUGAUCGUGGAACUCAUUAGACAUAUUGUGAUGAAAGAGGAUGAUGGGGCCAUUCUGGUCUUCCUGCCUGGCUGGGACAACAUUAGUGGUCUUAAUGACCUUCUCAUGGCUCAGCAGAUGUUCAAGUCAGAUAAGUUUGUGAUAAUUCCACUCCAUUCUCUCAUGCCCACGGUCAACCAGACAAUGGUCUUCAAAAGACCUCCACCUGGAGUCCGGAAGAUUGUGAUAGCCACUAACAUUGCUGAAACCAGUAUCACUAUAGACGACGUGGUGUAUGUAAUAGACGGUGGCAAGAUUAAGGAGACGCACUUUGACACCCAGAACAACAUCAGCACCAUGACGCCGGAGUGGGUGAGCCUGGCGAAUGCCAAGCAGAGGAAAGGUCGCGCUGGCAGGGUGUCUCCAGGAAAGUGCUACCACCUGUACAAUGGCCUGCGGGCAAGCCUGCUGGACAGCUACCAGUUGCCCGAGAUCCAGCGCACCCCACUGGAGGAACUGUGUCUCCAGAUUAAGAUUCUCAAGCUGGGCUCCAUAGCCUCUUUCUUGCUUAAUGCUUUGGACCCCCCUUCUGAGAAGACCAUCCAGCUGGCCAUAACACACCUCAUUGACCUGAACGCUCUUGACAGAGAUGAGGAGCUGACUCCUCUGGGCUUCCAUCUGGCUCGUAUGCCGGUGGAGCCGCACAUUGGCAAGAUGAUUCUGUUUGGGGCUCUGCUCGGCUGCCUGGACCCAGUGCUCACCAUCGCCGCCAGCCUCAGCUUCAAGGAUCCCUUCUUCAUUCCUCUGGGAAAGGAAAAGCUAGCAGACAACAGGAGGAAAAUCCUUUCCAAGAACACCAAGAGUGACCAUCUCACUAUUGUGAAUGCAUUCUGGGGCUGGGAGGAUGCCAAGCGGCGAGGAUACAGAUAUGAGAAAGACUACUGCUGGGACAACUUCCUCUCCGCCAAUACACUCCAGAUGCUUCACAACAUGAAGAGCCAGUUUUCUGAGCACUUGCUGACUGCCGGCUUUGUCAGCUGCAAGGACCCCAAGGACCCGAGCGCCAACAUCAACUCAGAGAAUGAGAAACUCAUCAAAGCAGUCAUUGUAGCUGGUUUGUAUCCGAAAGUGGCCAAGAUCCGGGCUGGCCUAAACAAGAAGAGGCCCACGCCGCCAAAGGUGUACACUAAAUCAGAUGGAAAAGUGUGUAUUCAUCCCAAGUCCGUAAAUGCAGAGGAGACCCAGUUCCGCUACACGUGGCUCAUUUACCACUUAAAAAUGAAGACUUCCAGUAUAUUCCUGUAUGACUGCACAGAGGUGUCUCCGUUCUCCCUGCUCUUCUUCGGCGGGGACAUCUCCAUCCAGAAGGACCAGGAUCAGGACACCAUCGCUGUGGACGAAUGGAUCGUCUUCCAGUCUCCAGCACGCAUCGCCCAUUUAGUCAAAGACCUAAGGAAGGAGCUGGACUUCCUCCUGGAAGAGAAAAUCAAGAACCCAAAGCCAGUGAACUGGAGCAACCGCAGCUCCAAAGACUGUGCAGUCAUCUCCGCCAUCAUUGACCUGAUCACCACACAGGAGGCUGACAACAGGAGUGGCUACACAGACAGGAGCGGCUACACAGACAGGAGCGCUGCCCCUAGAGGCGACGACUGGUAUGACCAGUGAGCUAGCGGACAGGACAUUGAUAGAAGUAGAAGUGACCAGUGCUCGUCCAGCCAUGGACCCUCAGCCCCAUCUCUGCUUAUUCUAUUGUGAAACACAAGAACGCACACCUGAAAUAAAUAUCAAUGCAACUUCUGGGAUUAGGUAUUAAGUCUUUGAUCCAUACAAAAUGCCUAUUUAUGAUCAGUGUAAAGACUUUCAGUAGUUGUUUAAGAACUGUCAGUGUCAUUUUUUGAAUGGUUUUGAUGAAACUGAAUUAUUAAAGAUGACCCAUGUGAAUGUGCAAUAAACCUCUUGACAUGCUA